CCUUCACUCAACAGUUUUCUACAUGAAGCCACAUGCUUUGUGUCACAAAUCAUAUGCCGGGGGACACGCUGUGUGGGGGAAGGAGCACUCGUUCAUUUUGUAGGAGGGUGCAGACAUUUUUAAAGUCCUAAAACAGACUGUGCCAUGGAUCAUGUGCUGAACAUUGCUGACAACUACAUCUUCACUCCGUAUGUUUACCCGACCUCGUGGCCCGAGGACGGGGCUCUGCGUCAGAUAAUCAGCCUGUGGGUGAUGACCAACCUGGGAGCAGUGCUGAUUUACCUGAGCUUUGGUACUCUUAGCUUCUAUUAUGUGUUUGAUCAUAAGCUCAUGGUACAUCCACUGUUUAUCAGGAAUCAGAUAAGAAAAGAGAUUCAACUAGCAGCAGUCUCCAUCUUCUGGAUGAGCUUCCCCACAGUGGCCUUUUUCUUCUGGGAGAUCCAGGGAAACAGCAAACUUUAUGACAACAUCAGUAAAUCUUCUCUGGGAUGGCCCGGGGUGUUCCUGAGCAUUGCUGGUUUCUUGUUCUUCACUGACAUGUGCAUCUACUGGAUACACCGCUCCAUGCACCAUAAGAACAUUUACAAGCACUUACAUAAGCAGCAUCACAUAUUCAAGAUCCCUACGCCUUUUGCCAGCCAUGCCUUCCACCCAGUCGACGGCUUCCUGCAGAGCUUACCCUAUCACGUCUACCCGUUCAUCUUCCCCCUCCACAAGGCGGUCUACCUCUCACUCUUUGUCUUUGUCAACAUCUGGACUAUUUCCAUACACGAUGGAGACUACCGCAUCCCCGGCCCCCUGAUAUGUCUGAUCAAUGGCGCUGCUCACCAUGUAGACCAUCAUCUCUUCUUCAACUACAACUACGGACAAUACUUCACGCUCUGGGAUCGUCUAGGGGGCUCCUACCGAUACCCCUCAGCCCUGCUGGGGAAGGGGCCACAUGACCACAUUCGCAAGCUCAUGGCAGAGGCUGCACACACACAGUGAAGGUGGAGCUACAGUCAGGAUUUUCUUUUCUGGUCUAAAUCUCUCAGGGAAGUUUCUACAGAGAUGCUCAAGAAAUAGACAAUUGCGUCAGAUGCAAAACCAGCCACCAGUAACUCUAAACAGAGCUUUUCCAAACAAAGUUUGGAAAAUAUUAAAUACAAAAAAAUUAAAGAAACAUGUUUCCUUCAAGAUUACUGCAUAAAAUGGUUAAAUGCCAGUCGGCUGGAAAUAACACUGUACCGCGGUGAAUAAACACCGGCUAAAUUGAGGUCUAAAUACAAACUACAGCCCCCAAAAUGACUAUAAACUCCUCAAUAUAACAGUUUAACAUUCAUGAGUGUAGGAUGUAUUGCAGGGUUUUUAAUUAGACUGCAUUUGUUUUAAUACAUUGGAACCUGAGUGUAUAUAGUUACUUUUAAAACUUUCCCCUUUCUCUUAAACUUUUAUUGGUUAUGCUCCAAAGUUUAGCCACAGCCCACUUUCUUGCAUAUUGAUGGAAGAGCAUUUCCUCAGUAUUUUUAGCAGCUUUCACCAUCGCUUUGAUCACAAUAAAUAAAUGUACAUGUUAGGGUCUUAACCAAGAUCUUGUAUAGAUUGACAGAAACUACAAUUUAAAAUUAGGUUCUAUUCCUUCAUUACUUGACUAUAUGAAUGGAGAUGUUUAAGCGAUCUAUCAAUACUGAGAUGACCUUUUAAGGACUUUGUCCUUAGAUAGAAAUACUUGUCAUCUUUACAUCCAGGACUGUAUUCAUCCAAUUGCCAACAUGAUGCUCUGAUUUAUGAUCACAUCUACAUAAAAUGAG